AUGUUACAAGUCCAGCGUAGUUGUGAAGUUAAAAACAAACAGAUCGCUGUGUCGAAGAGUCGUUUUGAACAUUCGCUCACACUGAACAACGAGAUGUCCUUAAGACAAAUUAAUUCUCCUCCCUCACAAGCAGUUGUGGCGAAUGAAAUUGUUUUCCAGUGGGAAACUCACAGCCACAAAGCCUUCCGUAUUUUUCAAGAGAUGCGUGCGAAGGAAGAAUUAUGCGACGUGUAUAUUUGCUGCGACGGACGGCGUUUUCCUGCGCACCGUGUAGUUUUGGCGGCAACUUGUCCUUUCUUCCGUGAAAAGCUAGCGGCUGAACAUGACGAAAGUGAAUGCGAAGAGUCAUUCGUGGAACUAGAAAUACCAUGGAAUUUUGACAACUUGCUAAUGCUAAAUGCUUUGGAUUUUUUGUAUGAAGGAAAACUGAUUUUGCAACUGGAUCAUGUUAAGGACUUAUUACAGCUGUUGCACUACUUAAAGAUCGAAGAGGCUGUCAUUGCUUGCGAACGAUUUGCUAUCGAUCAUUUGAGAAACCAAAAUUGUGUGGGGUAUCACAAACUAGCGGAGACUCUUGGCCUCGAGCAAUUAAAACUCAAAACAAUGGAAUACAUGGAAUGGAACUUCUUACAAAUCGUGAACGAAGAUGAUUUUGUCAAGCUGUCAGCGCAUCAGAUAACUUCCUUACUCGGAAGUAACAGUCUAAAGGUCAGAAAAGAGGAAAAAGUGUAUGAAGCGGUGUGGAAAUGGUAUAAACACGAUCCUGAAAAAAGGAACAAAGAGCUGGACACAGUUUUGAAAACCAUCCGCUUCCGUCAAAUCACCACAAAAUUCCUUCAAACACGGAUACUUCCCGAACUCGUGAAAGGCGAAGGGAAAUGCCGCAAGGACGUGGAAGAUGCUCUGGCUGCUAGGAAGUUGUCACAAGAAAAUAACGAUUCAGGAAAACCUCGAAACUCUCGGAAGAUCGUUUACCUGUUCAGUAUGAAGACAAACCGAGUUGACACCUUUGAUGAGGAGCAACGUGCAUGCGUUCCCUGCCCCAAGCUGACGUCAUUUAGCGAUGCAAGUAAAGAAGAUAAUUACCACUGUGCAUUUCUUGUGCAGGGUGAGCUUUAUAUCGUGUCCAGGAGGGCAGUGAACAGAUUCAACCCUGUGACAAAGAAAUGGACUUGGGUUGGCGAUGGGCGUGCCGUACGGGAGUCAGGAGUGUGUUCUGAUAGAAACAACAUCUACGUGUUUGGUGGGAAGCCAGACGACAUGUCUGCCCACAAAUUUGACGUUUGUCAUGGAGUAUGGAGCUCACUACCUGAAAUGAAUCGACGUAGGAGAUGCACUGGUGUGGCUAUUUUGGGUCGAAAGAUUUACGUUAUCGGGGGACUUAAUGACGAUGGACCGCUGAACUCGAUGGAAAGCUUUCACAUACGAUCUCAAAAAUGGAAAUUGCUACCAGGCCUUCUAGAACCUCGUUUCAGUAUGGGCGUGGUAACCUGGGCAGGAAGUAUCUUUGUCUUCGGUGGACGCAGCGAUCGACAAAGUCUAGGGAGCAUGGAGGUUUAUCACCCUAAGGAAGACAAAUGGGUGUUUGCUCCUGCGCAGUUAAACGACAACAGAAGUGAGUUCGGUCACGUGGUCUACGAAAAUAAGAUAUAUUGCUUUGGUGGGCGUGGAGUAACUUCAAUCGAAUAUUAUGAUUAUUUGAAUGAACAAUGGCGCAUCGUGGGACGAGUAAGCGACAACACUUAUUCAGUGAAUUGUUUGGUGUAUCCUCCACUGAACUAA